CUGCAACUCAUAGGUACUUGAGCCUGAGUAGGGAUGUGAUUUGAAUGUAACUGAAGGAGUGGGAUGGUUGUUUGAUUUAUUUUUGUAUUUUGUAUUAUGUCACCCUCCCCCUUCCCGCAAUGGAAUAUUGUUGGUUUCAAUAUCCUGUACAGUAGGUGGCGGCAAAACACCAAAAGGUGUAGUCUGCCAAUAAAACUUUGAAGAGGAAGAAGAAUCAUUCUGCAAAUUCGGCAGUAUUCAUACAUGAAUGACGGUAAAUAUUUGUCUAAAUAUACACAUUUCUGAGAGUUAUAGAACAUUGAGAAUAGGUAUAGAAGAUGGGCUGAGUAAAAAUAUAAUUGCUUGCUAGGUAGCAGCAAGUCAGCAUAACUGCUAUGUAUUAUACUGUAACUAGGUAGCAGCUAGCUGCAACAGCCAUCAUUGUAGACGUUCCUGUUUCGUUCCUGUUUCACUUCAGUCUGGUCAGAUUUAGGCAUUGUUUUUGUAGCUACAUUUGAUUAAAGUGAAGGGGUCCACAGACACAGCAACUUUGAUGCAACUGUGAACAUCAUCAUCAUGGCUUCGAGCUUCGACCCACCGAAACUGGCUGAUUUCAUUCUCACUGAGAGGCUGGGCAGUGGCACCUAUGCGACAGUUUACAAAGCCUACAGAAAGGUAGGUCAUUCGUUGCAGACCGAGUUAGCUGGAUCUGUAGCCUGUUCCGUACUACAGCAGUGUUCAGUCUACUGGAUAUGUGUGUGCAGGGGGACAACCGGGAGGUGGUGGCAGUGAAGGUGGUUGGGAAGAAGAGUCUGAACAAGGUGUCUAUGGAGAACCUGCUGACUGAGAUUGAGAUCCUGAAGACUGUUCGCCACCCUCACAUUGUUCAGCUGAAGGACUUUCAGGUUUACAAUCAGUUUAAUAUUUAAUUAGCCCAUCCCCACUCAUAUAAGUACAUUUCAUAUAGGCUAUCCUGAGUCCCACAUUGCUUGCCAGACAAGACGGCACAAACUGAUCUGGGACUCAGCAGGCUACAUUUCAAAUCCUUGUCUGAGUGAAUUGAGUCUAAAUCCCGUUCUCUGCCCUUGGUCAGUGGGACAGUGAGAACAUCUAUCUGAUCCUGGAGUGGUGCUCUGGUGGGGACCUGUCCCGCUUCAUCCACAGUAGGCGCCUGCUACCUGAGAGGGUUGCUCGACGCUUCCUGCAGCAGAUAGGUGAGUCACACCAGAGUCAGUGGUGCUUUAGGUAUAAGUAGCCUACAUUCUUUAGAGCACUAUUUAAUGAUGUUGAGCAGUUCUCUCUCUCCCUCUCUCCCACUCUCUCUUUUUUCUCGCACUCUCUCUCUCUCUCUCAAUUCAAUUUAAGGGCUUUAUUGGCAUGGGAAACGUAUGUUAACAUUGCCAAAGCAAGUGAAGUAGAUAAUAAACAAAAGUGAAAUAAACAAUAAAAAUUAACAGUAAACAUUAUACUCAGAAGUUCCAAAAGAAUAAAGACAUUUCAAAUGUUAUAUUAUGUAUAUAUACAGUGUUGUAACAAUGUGCAAAUAGUUAAAGUACAAAUGGGAAAAUAAAUAAACAUAAAUAUGGGUUGUAUUUACAAUGGUGUUUGUUCUUCACUGGUUGCCCUUUUCUUGUGGCAAUAGGUCACACAUCUUGCAACUGUGAUGGCACACUGUGGUUUUUCACCCAGUAGAUAAGGGAGUUUAUCAAAAUUGGGUUUGUUUUCGAAUUCUUUGUGGAUCGCUGCAAUCUGAGGGAAAUAUGUGUCUCUAAUAGGGUCAUACAUUUGGCAGGAGGUUAGGAAGUGCAGCUCAGUUUCCACCUCAUUUUGUGGGCAGUGUGCACAUAGCCUGUCUUCUCUUGAGAGCCAGGUCUGCCUACGGCGGCCUUUCUCAAUAGCAAGGCUAUGCUCACUGAGUCUGUACAUAGUCAAAGCUCUCUCUCUCUCUCUCUCUCUCUCUCUCUCUCUCUCUCUCUCUCUCUCUCUCUCUCUCUCUCUCAAAUCAAUUCAGUACUUUAUUGACAUGACAAGUUAAAUUACUUACAUUGUCAAAGUAUACAUAUAACAAAAAAUGGUAGGACCAACAGCAAUAAGGCACUCUCUCUCCCACUCUCUCUUCUCUUGCUCCAUGUCUGAAAACAGCCUGCGCUCUUCAGUUUCUCCAUAAUCAUAACAUCUCCCAUCUGGACCUGAAACCCCAGAACAUUCUGCUCAGUGGUUCUGUCCUUAAACUAGCAGGUACAGCGCACUGCCAAGUGCCACAAUCACACUUACAUACAGUAUUUUUUUGGUCACAUUUCUAUCUUUAUUAAUCUCUUGCAUUUCAUUACCAUGGGACUGUGAUAUGAAACAUAGCUGUGAAAUCAUAGCAUUGCCAAUAUGCCAGAGGUUAUUGGUGGCACUGUCUCUGCACUAUUCAGUUGUGACAUUCAAAAAAAAAAGAUGGAAUGCAACAGUUGCAUCACUGAAUCAUGCAUUAGAGGAUUUUGUAAUACUACUCCUAGUAUUACCAGGUGUAUCACAGUCUUGACUUAGACUAGUCUAGUGCCCUUUGCACUGACACAUUUUUGCCCUAUGCUGUUUUCAGAUUUUGGCUUUGCAAGUUACAUGUCUCCGUGGGAUGAGCAGAGUGCUCUGAGAGGCUCUCCUCUCUACAUGGCCCCUGAGAUGGUGUGUCGACGGCAGUAUGACUCCAGGGUUGACCUCUGGUCUGUGGGAGUCAUCCUGUAUGGUGAGAUCACAUAUUUAAAUGGAGAACUCUCUCCAUGCAAUUAAAUAGAACACUGUCCCAUCAAGAACACUCUAUGCUCUCUUAAGCACAAACCAGACAUUUCAGUGACAUCAAACUUCAACGUUACUGCUCUGAAUGCCGAAGAUGGUUUAAGUUUAUAUUGCUUUCUCACUUACUCUUGUCAUUUAUUUGUUGUUCUUCCUUCUGUAUGUAGAGACACUAUUUGGCCGGGCACCAUUUGCCUCCAGAUCCUAUGCUGAACUGGAGGAGAAGAUCCGCAGUGACAAGCCCAUCGAGGUAAGCUCUGUUACAUCUAUCUAACGAAGUGUGUGGUAGCAAUGAUUGAUUCUUCUAAGAGUGGUCACAGAAUGAACAUUAUUUCGCCUGUGAGUUUAUUUGCCACCACAGGGUGGCACACUUGCUCAAUAAACCUUAUCUCUCAGUGGAAGGGACACUCCUGUGCCAGAGUGGGUUCUACAGUCUCCUCCUCAGCCAGUGGUCCUGACAGAGUGUAAUUAGUUGGAAGAUAGAUAUAAUUUAUUUGACCAAUUUAAAAAUAUAAUUCCAGCCACAAGUGGACACCCUGCAUUCAAAAUCAUCAAGGAUAACUCAAAGUACGUUUUGCAACUUCUUAUAAAAAACAUUGUGGUCCUCUGGUUGUGUUGUGUGUCCCAGCUGCCUGUGGGGGCCAGAGUAUCCAGGAACUGCAGGGACUUACUGCUGCGGCUGCUGGACAGGGACCCUGACACCCGCCUCACCUUUACUCAGUUCUUCUCCCACCCCUGGGUGGACCUCGAGCACAUGCCCAGCGCAGAGAGCCUGGGGAAAGCGGUGUGUGUGUGCGUGUGCAUGCGGGUGUGUGAGAGAGAGUUAGAUGUGUUGGUGUGACUCGAUGUCUGUCUCAUCUUGCAGAAGGAUCUGGUCCUGAAAGCUGUUCAGAAGGACCAGGAGGGGGAUAGAUCGGCUGCUCUGUCUCUGUACUGCAGUGCGCUGGAGCACUUUGUCCCCGCUGUUCACUGUAAGAGCAACAUGCACAACCACUACCUGCCACAAUCACAACUUCUCUCAGGUCUCUCAUCUAUCUAAUGUCUAAUUCCGUACCACAGUCCAACAUCAACUGAAAAGAGAUACAAGCUCACAGAACUGGAGAUGACAUGAUCAGAACACUAUUGGUAACUGUCUAAGAAAUAUAUAUUCUCUCCCCUUUCCAGAUGAGACAGACAGACUGCGUAAAGAUGCCCUUAGGCAAAAGGUACAGAGUACACAAAGUAUAUUUAGUCUAUUGUAUUUUCAUACACCAAAGGCUGGACUGAAAUUAUUUGAAUAAUAUGAAUAACGUAUGGCAUGGAUGAAAAUCACAUGCUAUGGAUGACAUAAUAGAAUUAAGUCAAUGUAAGCAAUAUAAACCCCUCCUGCAGGUUAGUCAGUAUGUGUCCAGAGCAGAGGAGCUGAAAGCGCUGGUGGGUGCAGACAACAGACUCUGCUUUGAGCAGUUCAAGUCCACCAGAGACAUCCUGAGAGGUAAUACAGCUAACUUUAGCCGUUGUACAGCAUAGAUACCGUAUUCCAUUACCCUUAUAUAGAGGACCUAAUUUGAACCCUACUUUAUUUGAAGGGAACCUUCGUAAGGACUUGAAAACACAUUCAUAACACACUCCCAAGGAGCAUGUUAUCAAGUGUAACUGGGUAUUGAAAAGUACCUAGAGGGUGUUCUGAGAAGGCCUCAGGUCCAAACCUUACUCUCUCUCUGUCCCCCUCUCAGAGAUGUCCCGUGACCAACCACGCAUGCUGGCUGCGCUGGAGCUGGCAUCUACAGCCAUCUCCAUGGUAAGCUGAGGGGACUGGGUAUCAUGAGCAGGGCAUGGAAUGAUGAUGGGGCUCUGGGGAGACUACCAGAGAGGAGUGAGAGAGCUGGGAGGGUGGUAGUGGCUUGUAGAUGCUGUCUACAGCAGGUUUGAACUUGGCCUGUAGUGAAGGCUGCAGCUAUGGGAUCUGGGGGCUUUCUUGAGAGUGGACUACUAUACCAUAGUGGUACGGCUUCCCUUUUCAUAACACACUUGUAUUCCAUUCCAGGAGGAGAAUGGGAUGGAGGACCAUGACACACUGGCUCUGUACCAGCAGAGUCUGGGAGAACUACUGCUAGCCCUGGCAGGUAAGGUCUGCUCACUGAAAAUCACACAGGACUAUAUUAGUCCUUUAGAUGGAGAAAACAAUUAUUCAGUCAUAUCUAUGCCACAUACAGCGUCUGCUGCGUGGACUCUAAUAAACACAGAUGUGAUUUUACAACCCUGCGGGGAGUCCGGGAGUAACAAAGUAAUUCAAUCUCCAGCAUUAAGAGGCUAUUACAUCAGAGACCGCAGCAGAGCCUGGCCUGAGUUUCUGCUGUGUCUCCAGCCCUCAGCUUUGGCUGGCUGUUAUUGUUAUUAAAGAGAAACGGUGGCAGUGGUGGCCCAUAAUGGUCUCCUCUCCUCAGCUCUCUGGCUGCCUCUGCUCUGGCUCAGUGUCUGUAUGUAGAUUAGACUCCUCUAGGCUGUGGCCUGGUGUCUAUUAACCCUGACUCCACAUGACCUCAUCUGAGAGAUGGUCCAAAUGGCGGAGGGAGGCCAGGCAGGCAGGAGGGAUGGGGAUGAUGGUGGAGCUGGAGCCAGAUGUGUCUUUGAGCUGUGGAUUGGACCUGGUGCCAGCGCCCUGUGUGUGGUAUAGAGCCACUCGCUGCCAUCUGGUUCCCAUUGAGAGCCCAACAGUUCAUUUCUCAAUGUUAUUACACACUGGAAACAAAUAAAAACUAUUAUCUGUCUAAUAGAGAAGAGACGGCUUGAGUUGUUAAAUUAUCUUCUGAUGGAUCAGGGGGAUCGGGACCGGAACGUCAGACGUCAGCGAGACCAGGGGGAUUGUGGGAGAAAACAAUGUCCCUUUUGUCUCACUAUAGCCUUUUGUUGAUUACGUUCUCUUCCCAGAAUGCCUUUCUGCUGGAGAACUGGUCCCCUCUCCUCCUCCUCAGGCAGGCUAAUUGAGGAAAUGCUGCUUCAGUUUCAAGGGUUCCCCCUGAGCCUCAGUGGGCUAUCACAACCAAACUGGCUCUGUAAAUGACCCACUCUUGUGCAAACAUGGUGAUUGGGAGAGCAGUGAUCCAUCUCUUUCUAUUCUCUCCACCCUCCCUCCCUCCAUCCUUCUCUUUCUCCCUCUCCUCCCCCUCUAUGUCUGUGUCGUCCAGCUGAAGCCCAGGGGCGCAGGAGAGAGCUGCUCCACAGUGAGGUGAGUUACUGGGGGUGAGGUGGAUGAGAGUGUUUAGGUGAGAAUGUGAGGUGAGGGGGUGAGGAGGCACCUGGUUCAGUGCUCACUGUAACAGCACAUAGAUCACCUGAAGACAAACACACACACAGGUCUCUGAGACCAAACAAGCACAGCUAUAUCUGGGACACAACACCCAGGAGCAUUCUCUGGUAGUCACGUGAAUGUUUACCCUGAAUAAAAGCUAAUAAGGUAAUAGAUCAGUGACACUGCAGUUAGGUGCACAUAUAUCACAGUUAUAUGACACUAUAAUGGUGUCCACUCCACUAGUAAUGGUCAGGUGAAAUAGCCAAGCCUUGCCCUUGACAUUUAGGUGGAGAGGUAUACUCUUGCAACAGUUAAUUCAAUCAGUCUGACUGUAUUAAUAUUCAGUGGUAAAGAAAAGUUAUAUUCUUUCAUGUUUUGAGCAUUUGUUUUGCAAGCAACCAGGUCAACAACACACAACAAUGUUUCGACAACAAACCCCAGAGGGAGAGAGAUUUAAAGCUGGGCUCAUAGACCUCCCUAUUUGAAGUUUUAUAGGCGCUUGGCUUAAGUAAAUUCAGAUGUGGCUGUAAUAAUCUAACGCUGGGGAGGACUGCAGAUCGAAAGCAUGUGUGUGAGAAUGCAAAGAGCCCCGAUUGCAGCUAGGAAUGGUCUCCAUGUGUGUUGGUUCAUGUCUCCUCUUGAGCACAGUUCAGCCUUUCUUAACUCAGGUCUGUAAUUCCCAGUUCAAUAUGCCUGGGCUUAUCAUAUAAGAACACCAGCCUUGAUCUAGCUGGUAGGUUAACACAUUUAUAUUACAGCUGUAAUCUUACUUUGGGUGUAAUUUGAUAGUAUUACAGCCUUGGUAUUGAGGUUAAUAUGAUAUAAAAGGUUGGAGUCUGGGUGGAUGCAACUGCCUCUGUCUCGGUCAGGAUGAUUAUUCUACCCUCUUUUAAAGGGUCAUUAUAGGAAGCCAUCCACCUUGGUCUACCCUCAUCAUCAUCCUCAUCACGCCCCCAGACGUUAUAGAUAGGAGAAUGUGAAUCACUGUGCAUGGAUUACAGACUAAACACCACCUCUCACUUUGCAGAUCAAGAGCCUAAUGACCAGAGCUGAAUACCUCAAAGAACAGAUCAAGGUAGGAAUAGCGAUGACU